AUGGUGUUUUUGCUUACAUCGCCUGCAAUCCAUCAAACACAGUUACUAAAUGCAUCCUCUCAGCUAGGUUUUUAUAAGCACGGUCGUCUCCAAAGAAAUGUUACCUUCAUUGUGAGGUCUGAGAAAGUGCCUUCAACUUCAACUCCUGUUAGUCAAGAUGGACCUGGCCGACGCCAGCUUCUUGCCAUCGGGACAACAAUUGCCCCAUGGUUAUUCUUUUGUCAGCAGAUUCCAACUUCAUUUGCUGCAGAAACAAAGAAGGGAUUUCUAUUGGUCACAGAUAGGAAGGAUGGAUACAAUUUUCUUUACCCCUUUGGAUGGCAGGAGGUAAUCGUUGAAGGACAGGACAAAGUCUUCAAAGAUGUGAUUGAGCCUCUGGAAAGUGUCAGCGUAAAUAUGACUCCUACUGCCAAGCAGGAUAUACGUGAUUUUGGACCUCCAAAGGAGGUUGCUGAAACUUUAAUAAAAAAUGUCUUGGCUUCUCCUUCACAAAAGACAAAACUGAUCGAGGCAUCAGAGCAUGAAGUGGACGGAAAAGCAUAUUACACCUUCGAGUUCACCGCACAAGCUCCAAACUACACUCGUCAUGCUCUUAGCACAAUCUGUAUUGGCAAUGGCAAAUUCUACACGCUGACAACAGGGGCGAACGAGAGGAGAUGGGAGAAAAUGAAAGACAGACUGAAAACCGUGGUCAACUCAUUCCAGAUUUUUAAUGUCUGA